CGGUGAGAGAGAGAGAGAGGAGGAGGAAGGGAACGGAGAGAACGAGAGCCGGAGGACGAUGCAGCUGCCGCAGCAUCAUCAGAAGCCCUCCGCCCACUCCUGCUGCUCGUCGUGGAUCCGGAGGUCCCCGCCGCCGUCGCCGCCGCCGCACAAGAGAGCGGGCGGCGUCGGGAGGAGCCGGUAUGCCUGCCGCCUCGUGCCCCUGCUGGUGCUCACCGUGUACAGCGUCGUCACCGUGCUUCGCAUCCCCAGCUCCUCCCUCGUCGUGUCCACCGCCGAUUCAGAGCGCGUGGAAAGGCGGGAGGACCUGGAGGCGCUCAAGACCCACCUGCCGUCGAACCAGAACGGCCUGGAGGCCCGCGAGGAGACGCGGUCGGUCGCCUCCCUCCCCUGCUCCGCCUUCAUCAGCGGUGAGGCGGGGCACGGCGCGGCCGCGGACGCGGAGGGCGUGCUGUGCUGCGACCGGAGCCACUACCGCAGCGACGUGUGCUACCUCCGUGGCGACGUGCGCACGGACCCGUCCACCACGUCGGUGCUCCUGUACAACGCGCCCCGCGGGAGCGCCCCGGAGAAGGUGCGGCCGUACACGCGCAAGUUCGAGGGCAGCGUCAUGAGCAGCAUCGACGAGGUGACCAUCGUGCCCGUGCCGCCCGGCGGCGGCGGCGGCGGCGCCCACAGCAACAUGAGCGUCGGCGUCGGCGGUGGUGGGCGGCGGUGCGACGUCCGGCACCCGCGCGGCGUGGCGGCGGUGGUGUUCUCGACGGGCGGGUACACGGGCAACGUGUACCACGAGUUCAGCGACGGGCUGGUCCCGCUGUUCGUGACGGCGCAGCGGUUCGCGGGGGAGGUGGUGUUCGUGGUGCUGGAGUACCACUACUGGUGGCUGGGCCGCUACGGCGCCGUCCUGGAGCAGCUCACCAACUACAGGGUGGUGGACUUCCGGCACGACCGCCGCGUCCACUGCUUCGACGAGAUGGUCGUCGGCCUCCGCAUCCACGGCGAGCUCGUCGUGGACCCCAAGCUCAUGCCCGACGGCAAGAGCAUCAAGGACUUCCAGGCGCUGCUACACCAGGGCUACAGCCGGACGACGACGACGGCGUCGGCGUCGUCGUCGUCGCCCACGCCACUACUCCCUCUUGCGCCGCCAACCCGGCCGUGCCCGCGCUCGGCCAACAAGCCGAAGAUGCUCAUCUUCAUCCGCAAGCAGAACCGGGUGCUGCUGAACCUGCCGCAGGUGGUGACGGCGUGCCGGCGGGCGGGGUUCGCGCCGCACGUGAUGAACCUGCGGCGGCAGACCCCGCUGGCCGCGAUCCACGCGGCGCUGGCGUCGGCGGACGCCAUGGUGGCGGUGCACGGCGCGGCCGUCACCCACUUCCUCUUCAUGCGCCCGGGCUCCGUGCUCCUGCAGAUCGUGCCCGUGGGCCUCGACUGGGCGGCCGACGCCUUCUACGGCAAGCCCGCGCAGCAGCUCGGCCUCGACUACCUCGAGUACAGGGUGGCGCCCGAGGAGAGCUCGCUGGCCGCCGAGUACGGGCUCAACAGCACCGUGGUGCGGACCCCCUGGGUCAUCAGCAGCCGCGGCUGGUGGGAGAUGAAGAAGGUCUACAUGGACCGCCAGAACGUCACCGUCAACGUCAAGCGCUUCGCCGACCUGCUCAGGGCGGCGCGUGCUCGCCUCAGGAACACCACGGCGUGCGCCGCCAAGCCCGCAGCGCCGCUCAGGUAGACGCUAGCUGCUGAUUGGGCUUGGGUUAGGUGUCAAUUACUUUAGUCACACUUGCCGAUUUCUUUGUGCUUUCGUCCUCUUUUUGGCCGGGGGAUAAAAAAGGAGACGAGGUCCUGUAAAUAUGAUUGGGGGUACGGUUGGCUGAGAGAUUGGUGGGGGAUCUAUCCAUCGCCUCCUUUCGCGGUGCAUUCGUUUGGUUCUUGGUGUUGCUGGAGGGAGCAGCAGAAGGUGAAGAAUAAUAAUUUAUGGCAGGGACGGCUCUCCUGAAACACUUUGUUCACAGUAGAUCAUAGGGGUAUCAGCUCUUUUUAUUUCGUUGCCCUUUCUUUCUUUUUUUUCUUUUUUUUUUGGUUUUCUCAUUCUUUGGGUGUCCAGAUGAUGUAUAAGGGCAUGUACAGUGGUGUUUAAUGUGGAGGCUCUUAAGGUGUUUAAGGGGGUUAUUUGCAAAAAAAUCUUAGAGCCGUCUCUCCGCGAAGAGACGCCUCUGGCUCGUAAACCAAGUAGCAACAGACGCCUCACUUCCCACUGUACGAAUUUGUUGUCUGUUCUAUCGAUCUGAUGCUAUACAAAUACAUUUAAUUCUGUAUUUAUUAAUAGACUACGUUUGUAGACACUCCAUUGUACAAUACAGUCUCUUAGUUGUCUCCUGUGCUUAGAGAACCGUUUUGGUGUCUCUCCACUGUACAUGCCCUAAGAAACUACAUUCUGUAACAAAGAUCAAUAGAAAUCCAGACUCUUU